AUGCAUCAUAUUUGUUUCUUACUUUGCAGUGAAGAAAGUAAUCAGAUACAAUUAGUAACCAUCAGAGAACUGGUAAGCAAUGCAAUCGCUUCGUUUUACUAGAAUAUUUAAAAUCAUUACCUUAAUGCAACAAUUAUUAGUUAAAAUAUACUGAUGGCGAUUUUUGUGUCACCCUCUCAUUCGCCCGUGAUAAUGGAACAAGUAUAUAGGUGAUAAAUUAUGUUAUCGAAGUAUAAGUUAUAAACAUGAAAUAAAUCGGCUGCUGAAUUUUGGAAUAUAGUUUUGAAUUUUGAUCAAUUUGUCUCAGUUUCCUUUCAUUUCUCUAGUUUCGUUUCGCCGACAGAACAGACUCAAUUCUCUUAACUCUUGCUGUAAUUGGUUCAAUAAUUUAUGGAAUUAUUAUACCAGCUCAGUUUAUACUCUUUGGUAAAAUGAUAAACGACUUUGUUGCAUAUAUCAUUAAUGAAAAUUACGACCUCUCUGAUCGACUACCUGACCUCGAGGCUUCCACCACGAGGACCGCUGGCUUCUAUGUAAUGCUGGCGGUGGGAAACUUGGUAUUCGCUUGGUUAGGCAUGGGUCUGUUCGCUCUAUCCGCAGAGCGUCAAGUGCACAAAAUGAGGCUGGCAAUGUUUCAAAGUGCAAUAUACAAGAAUAUUGGAUGGUUUGAGAUGUUUUCUGUUGGGGAAUUAAAUACAAGAUUUACAGAGUAAGUUUUAGACUAAAAAUAUUAAACUCGUUUAUUUAAAGGAUUAGUGUCAGAGUCGUGCAUUGCGGGCUUUUGUUAUUGUUUACAUUUUACUCAAAUACAACAAAUAGCGAUAAAUAUACCUUGUUUGGUACAUUUCUGAUAAAAAUCAGACAAAAAGAGAAAGGAUUAUAAAAGGAUGGUUUAAAUAUAUGACAGAUUGUAAACACUUCCUAUCUAAUCUAUUCGUCCCGAAAAAUGGCCGCCAGCAGGAGUUUGAGCCCGCGAAUUCCUGGUGUGACACUAAUCCUUUAACUAGAAAUUCCCCCUUUAAUUUUGUCUGAAAUGUGCAACGGAUAUGCCCAUACCAGGAUACCUGUAUAUGUACUAGUGGCAAUGGGGGUGUGUAAACAACUUCCCACUAGGAAAUCAAACCUAGUGAAAUCAUCAUAUUUUUAUGAUUGGUUUCCUCAAAAGUUGUGUUAAUUAAACGCCUUGUGUUUUUUUCUUAAAAAAUAUAUUCUAUUAUUUCAAGUUUUAAAAAGGGCCUGAGUAGAGCUUUCGUUGGUAGGGAUGCAACUACCUGAAAAAUAUAAGGAGAAUUUCGACGUUUCGAGGGAAGGCCCUUCGUACUAGCUGGAUGAAGGGCCUUCGCUCGAAACAUCGCAAUUCUCCUUAUAUAGUUUUUUCAGGUAGUUGCAUCCCUAACAACGGAAGCUUGUCAUAUUAUCGGCACUACCUACACUAGACAGUUCAUGACGUUGACAUCUUACAACUAACCAUCGUUGUUUGUGGCUUGUACAGUCAGCGGAGCGUCGGUUGUGCAAUUCGGUGAUGGAUUCUCGCUGCGUCUUUCUCAACUCAGCUUAGCUCUCAGCAGCUGCAAGUAAAGAUGAUUAUCACCCCCUCCCCCUCCCAUUAACCCAUCGUCCUCCCCCUCUUAACUCAUUUACAUAAGAUGCGUUGACAGUCAUUUUAUGAUUCUUUGUUAUUUUAGUUGACCUCAGUUCAAUUAUUGACCCUCACUUGAGUUAAAUUAUGCUAAAAUAUCACCAGAGGCCGCGGAAGCACUUUGAAAGUGAAGAGGCAUUGGCCAAAAGGGGCACUUUUUUAUAUGACCAAAAUCAAACGAUUUUAUGUCGUUCACGAGCCGAACGAACAUUUUUGAAAAUAUUGAGUCUCUAAUCUCUAUAACGUCGGAAAUGGCCUUUACAGAGUCUUUACUACUGCAAAAAGGGCACUUUCUUUCCAGCAAAAGAGGGCGUUCAUUCAAGAAAUACUUUUUUCGCUCUUUAAAUCGGCACCGUUUAGCCCAGAAAAAAGGCAAUUGUUUCACUUUUAAAAACAAAGUGGGGGCACAUGCCCCCAUUGCCCCCCCCCCGUUCCGCGGGCCCUGAUUAUCACGUGAUUGAAACCAAUAGUUAAAAUUUUCUCGAAAUGCACACUUCAGAAAAAACCUUGGCGAACAUGCUGAAAAGUACUUCGACAGCUCAUAGCUUCUCCCCACGCAUACAAACUCAUUUGGUUAGAAAAGUUAACCACUCUGCUGGUCGUUUAAUAACUGAAAGAAUGUCCAAAUAUGUUUCGCCUCAGAAAGAAAUUUUAUUAAUUUUCAGGGAGAUGAAAAUAAUAUUAGAUGGCAUUGGUUCAAAUUUCAGUAGUAUCAUAUCAAGUGUUGUAUGUUUUGGGGCUGGAUACUUAAUCGGGUUAAUAUUAUGCUGGGAUUUAACACUGAUACUUCUGGCAACAUUUCCGCUAAUGAUGCUUUGCGGCAUUGUUAUGACUAAGGUAAACUAGUGUUCAAGUUGUAGGAGAUACUGUACAAUCCAUUCUAUUUAUUUAUUUUUUUAAUACAAAAUGUUUAUACAUAUUAACAGUAUGGUCGAGGAUGUGGUCGACAGGACAUGCAUGGGUCCCAUGUGAAGACCAACCUGGAAAAAUAACAGAACAAUACGGAAAAGACAAAACUAUAAAAACUACAAGGACAUAUAUAUAGACUAUUUACAUAUCAUGUUUGGAAAUUUAAGAACAGCUAAAAUUAUAAGAACGACAUUUAGAGCAAUAAGUUUUUCAAGUGCGUAUUCUGUUGACAUUCUGGGGCCGGUUGUAUAAAACUCUUAAUCACUUUUUAAUCACUAUUUUGUAGUUAAAUAGUAUUGGAUGACAUUUCUACUUAACUAUGAUUAACUUUAAUCACUUUUUUAUACAACGGGCCCCUAAAGUAGAAUCUAAAAAAAAGAUAAAAAAUAUGAUACAACAUUAAUUAAUUAGCAAUUAUUGAAUGAGGUUUAGCAUGAUAUGAAGAAAUAUCAAGACCGAAGUUUGUGUUAUCAAUCGAAGCCAAAAGCUGAGGAAAGAGAUCUAAAAGACGUCCGCAUGAACUAGUGUGUUCAAUUCGUCGAAAUAAUAACCAGUUCUUUUUCCUAUUUGCGCGGAACAUCUUUCCUUUUUUCUUUCAUAAGUUCGUUAGGACGUUUCAAAUCCUUUCGUGACUGCUUUCGUUGGAAUUUCUUCUAUGUAUUUGUGUCCUUUAUAUCUGGGAACACGGCCGAAGGCGUGUUUAUUUAUAAACAAGACGCCUGCUCAGGCGUUCGCACUGGCCUCGAUUGACAACUUAUACGUUCCCUAGUCUACACCGUUUCACGCAUUAUUUGGGUUCGCAUUUAUACAAACAUUUUACUUAUUUUUAUCACACAUAACAUAAAUUUGACAGAUUUUGACCAAAACACAAGGCCAUUACAAUAUCGUAUUUCACACUAUAGUUUUCACGUUUCCACGGCUAACUAGUAUUGGUGCUGUUGUUGCAGACAUUUUUACUUAUUUUUUGUUCAUUAUACCCAAGUAGUCAACUUUUAAAAAUACGUUGUGUAGUUAGAUUUUAACCUUUUACCUUGAACUUGUCCUUGGCUCGUUUAUAUUCAGUAUAUUAUGAUUCACGAUUUCACGGGAUUAACUUAGGAUUUUCAGUGCCGUGCAUAAAGGAAAAGGCAUUAAUUAAACUCGCAAGAAAGUCUAUAGCUCAAAACAAUGCAAAAUCCAUAGAAUACAGGUCGAAUUCGUUGAAAAUUUUAACGAAAUUGUUUGAAACAUCCUCCCACUCCACAAAUGGCCGCCAUUUUGAAACUCAACAGGUCACUGGAACACUGUACCUGAGCCUGCGGUGGCACGAUGGUAUGUCGCGUUUGCGACAACAACAAAAAAAACAACCAAGACAGAAACGGGCCCAUUUUAAAGAUGAUGUCCACUCCGUUGUGCGCAUCAGUUCUGCUCAUAACAAAGGGGGACCCGCAGAUAUAAACAUUGCCCAAAUUUUGCAUCUUUCGAACUUUUUUGAAUUGUAACGUAGAGUUUAUAUUCAUUUACAAGCAUGGCGAACCAGAAAAAUGUUAGAUAUUCAGUUAGUAUAUAUCAUAUUUUACAAAUAUAGCAGUUCAAACGUAAACAAAGUUCUCACAUGCGUACACAAGUGGACAUUAUCUUAGACACUGGCCCUAUCGGCCAGUGUAAUAAUAAAAAUUCGGCUGCAUGAGGUUGAUAAAACAAACUGAGGGCUUGAUAAUUCUUCAUAUCUUGCGAAACCGAAUACAAUAAUUGUUAAAUAUAGUCAAUGUGUUGGCAAUUGGUUUAUGCUGUACACCAGUUGAUGUUAAAAAUGUCUUUGGUAUUUUACAGAUGAGUGGUAUUUACACGAAUAAAGAGCUAAAAGCUUAUGCUAAAGCUGGAAAAAUUGCUGAGCAAAGCAUUUCGUCUAUUAAGACAGUUGUAGCAUUUGGCGGAGAACAUCAUCAAGUAAAAUUGUAAGAGAUUUUAACUUUUGAUUUUCACUUUUCAAAAUCAGAAAUGAUCAUACAUUCUAUCAUGGUUUUGCAAUGAAUUUAGAUACGAUGAAAAUCUGAUUGACGCGAGUAAAUACGCAAUAAAGAAAGCAGUUAGCCUUGGAUUGGGAAUGGGAGGAUUUCAAUUGAUCCUCUACGCUGACUAUGCACUAUCAGUAUGGUAAAAUCUCCAAUUGAUUUAAAAUUUAGUUAUUACUGUAUAGACCCAUUGCACAUGACGUCACAACGCCGGUGACAACGCAUCUGGAGGACAAAUUUGCAAUCUAUGCAUAAUAUAACUUUCGCAAACAAAGCAAAUUUUGUAAAACUUCAAUAAUUUUGUAUCAAAAUGGUUAGUUUUUGCGCUGUAUGUGGUUGUUGUACCCGAACAGAUAUUAGAGACCUUAAGAUUGACGUUUACGGCAAACGUCAAACCGCUAGCGAAGUUUUUGAUUUUACAACUCUAUUAUUAUAGCUUUUACACCAGUUUUGAAAUAUGUUAAACUUAUUAAACUUGUGAUCUUUAGCAAUGAUUUAAGAAAGCAAAUUAACCACUAGUCAUGCCAUUCACCAAAGCAAUAAAUUAAGAUUUGGCGUUUGAAGUUGACGUUUGGCGUAUAAAUUUCAUGCUGGAACUGCUACGAGGGCUUGUAGUCGUUAAAGUAUGAAAUUUAUACGCCAAACGUCAACUUCAAACGCCAAAUCUUAAUUUAUUGCUUUGGUGAAUGGCAUGACUAGUGGUUAAUUUGCUUUCUUAAAUCAUUGCUAAAGAGCACAAGUUUAAUAAGUUUAACAUAUUUCAAAACUGGUGUGAAAGCAAUAAUAAUAGAGUUGUAAAAUCAAAAACCUCGCUAGCGGUUUGACGUUUGCCGUAAACGUCAAUCUUAAGGUGUUUAAUGUUAGGGAGCAUCUGGAGGACACUCUAAGGAUUUGUGACGUCAGUGCAAAGGGUCCAUUAUCAGGAUUUGGGCAUCGAACCUCGAUAUAACUCAUUGUUUGUAGAUAUGUUUUGCCGGAUAUGAUAUAAUUUUGUACAUUUAGUUGGAGCGCUCCACCUGAAUUGCAGGGGCAGGUUGUAUAAAAAAGUGAUUAAAGUUAACUAUGAUUAAAUAAGUGCAAACGUCGUCCAAUAAGAAGCGCCUAAUGAGAGUUAAUCAUUAUUUAACUACAAAAUAAUGAUUGAAAAAGUGAUUAAGAGUUUUAUACAACCAGCCCCAGGAUCGCAGGUUCGGUUCCCUCCAGGGGGCCAUAUAGUUGUAUUUUUCACAACCGCCCCUGGUUAAGCCCGCCGCACACGAGAGCAACUUGCUGAGCUAACCGCUUCGCGUGGCAGCUAGCUCAGCUACGUAUUUUCACCGCACACGUUGAGAAAACUACUCAACAACAACAUAAAUAACAAAACCAUUUGCAUUUUCCUCCAUUUUGUUCCAAGUCACAUGAAGAAACCAUGGUUUGUCAUUGGCUAAUUGAUUCAAACAGCUCAGCACUUAGCUCACAACAUCCGCAGACGCUGAGAUUUUUUCCUCGGGAGGCGAAAAAUAAGGAUAGAUAUUUUCCUCAAGGCCUCGAGAGGUUAAAUCCUCACGAAAACUAUCCGCACGCGAGGCGAUUAGCUCAGCAAGUUGCUGUCGUGUGCGGCAGGCUUUAGGUCUAAUAAAUGUAUAACAUUUCAUGUUCAGUUCUACAAAUUGUUUGAUAUGUUUUGCACACUCGUUGAAACGAUUAGAAAUACUAGUCAUUGAACAUUUGAAAAAUUAUUUAGUCCUAAUUAAAAACGAAUUAUGCAUGCGACUAUAAAAAUAUAUCUUUCGUCUUUCGACCUCUUCAGUUCAAUAUGGCGACAAACUGAAGAGGUCGAAAGACGGCGAAACAUUUUUAUAGUCGCAUAGUUCGUUUUUUAAAAAGGAUUUAAAUCAUUUUUCAAAUGUUCAAUGAUUAGGAUUUUUUGAUUAAUCGUUUCAUCGAGUGUAAAAAGCCAAACAUAUGAAACAAUUUGUAGACUAUUGAACAUGAAAUUGAGCAAAGUUUUCUUGGCUACAACAGAAAACAUUUCAUAUAUAAAAUUUACAAUCGAAAUUUUCAUCUACAAAACCUAUCUACUAUUAUAUCACUAAAACUUAAAUGCUAAAUUUCAAGUCAUUAAGAACUAAAGCCUCUGUCGACAAACGAGGAUGAGAGUUGACGAGAGUUGGCAGCCCUCAUUGUCAUGCAGGGGGAGAUUUCAAUCUCUAGAUUUAACAAAAUAAAAGCUUUGACGAGUGUUCCAACUAUGUUUUAAGUUGAUGUUUAAUAAACGAGUAGGAGUGUUUUAUCACAUAUAAAACACGACGCGUAGCGGAGUGUUUUAUAUGUGAUAAAACACUGAGUCUCCUACUCGUUUAUUAAACAGCUUCAAAAACGUCUCAGUUAGAUCACGGCAUUGGCGAGAUAAUUUUCCAAAAUAACUUUGUAUUAGCUGAGAAAAUACAAGUUGAAAUUUGAAGCGUGUUUUAUCACAUAUAAAGACACGCCACGCUUAUGAUUUCUCUUUGUGUUUUCCUCAUGAAUUAUUAAUGAGUUUUGAAUUUAAAUUAUAAAACUCAUUAAUAAUUCAUGAAGAAAAAUCAAAAUAAAUGAAUGUUUAAUCAAUGUUUGUAAAUCGCAUAAAGAUUUGUCCUGAUUUACGUAAACUUCAGCUUUGAUUUUCUAGGUUAAGUUUAGACAAUGUCGGUUUAUUUUUAAAAUUACUUCGCCAAUGAACUCAAUACAUAAGAUUGGUCGUUUUUUCAGCACGAUAAAAUAUUCGCAUCCGAUCUUUAUCUUAUAUACAAACUCUCGCCUUCGGCUCGAGUUUUUAUAUCAGAUAAAGAUCGGCUGCUCAUGUUUUAUUCAGUACUUAGUGAUAGUAAAAUAUUGAGAACAGCUAUAACUGACCAAGGUCGUGUGACUAUAUACCAACUCCUGUGCACUAGUUAUAUCCUCCUUUGAUCCGUGCUUAAGAAUAAGUAAUUCCAGCUUGUAAUUUAUGCGUGCAGGGGGAUGUUUGAAAUAAAUAUUGAAAUAUUUUGGUUGUUUCGGCAGUUUUUAUUGAAAUGUUUCAGCAUAAUAGCGAUAUGAUACCUUACUUCCCAUCCCCCUCUGCGCGCAAAAAAUAAAAGCUAGAAUUGCCUAUUGGCUGCAUGGAUUAAUCCGUUCUCUUUCUGCACAUCUUGCAUUUUGAUCACUAAUUUUCUAUUUAAGGUAUAUAAUAAAACUAGCAAGAGAAACGGAAACAACGCCCGGAGAUGCAUUAGCUGUAUGUAUUUUUCUACUUUCUCUUUAUAUAAAUUAAUUAAACUGGACGCUAAAAUGAUUGCGGCAUUUUUUUCCAUGUCGCAUAUUUACGAUGAAAAGUGUUCAGAACGAAAAUCUUUGUGGCGUUCUUCACAAAAUUACUUUGUUCUAGCUUUAUUUUCUAGUUAACUAUGCCUUUUUAAUGCAUCUGCCAGUUGAGAAACAUAAAAUAAUAUAUCAAUGAUGCUUGACGCCAUGAUUUGCAGCAAUAUAAGCAAAACAUACUGAACUUCAGAGUUCAAACAUCAUUCUAUCUUUGGCGUACCAUCUAAAAUCUCUUCAUUUUAGCAUCAUUUUACAGAUAAAGCACUAAGCAUAUAUUAUAUACUCAUUAGUUUUGAGCGCGUGUUACACAACAUACACAAGUCUCCUCUUAAUAAUAAUAACAUUUAAAAUUUAUAUUGCGCAUAUUUUAUGAAAUAGAAUCUUCGCUUAAUUAGUUGAAAAGUUUGGUUUUAAUCUAGUUAAUUUGAAAACUGGAAAACAGUCUGUGACUAUAUAACAAUACACAAUACAAUAGAGAUCUAUUUUUUUCUGUUUUACCAUUUGUUUGUAAAGUAUUUUCUUUAAAGACCAUGUAAAGUCCGUAAUGUAAACAAUCGCUUUGUUUACAUUUUAAACUCAGUGCUACAGUUGUAAAAUAUGAUUAGAUAUAUAUUAUACUGAAUUUUUCACACUCUUCUGGUUCGCUAUGCUUGAAAAUGAAUACAGACUAGAGAUUCAAUUCAAGAAAGUUCAAAAGAUACGAAAUAUUAAUAACAUUCCGACGGUCGGGUCCCGAUCAUUGGAAUGGAAGCCUGAGCAGAACGUAUGUGCAGAACGGACUUUACAUGGUCUUUAAAGGGAUCGAUAUGGCAAUAAAAAUUAACUUUGUCUUAUUCGAAAGAAAUUUUAAAGUUAUAUAUGAAGACCCUUUACAAGCUUGUUUUUCGAAAUAUUUUGUCCAAAACAGUGUGCAGUCCGCCAUCUUGGAAUUAUAAUUGACCUAAUUAACUGAGUUUUUGAUGACGUCACAAGCAGGGUAAACUUGUUAAAACUUCUUCAUGUGUUACUAAAUUUCUUCGAAAAGUUUCUUAAAAUGUUGUGACUUAAUUGAGUACUAAAAAGACUUCGGAAAAUCGAGUUUUAUAUUGAUAAUGACAUGUGGUCUGAUCUGCAAGAUAAAAAUUUCGCUUUUUACUCUACUUGUGACGUAUGCAUAUCGAAGUAUACAUAUCCAAGAUGGCGGAAUGCACACUGCUUUUGAUCAAAAUAAGUCGAUUUAUUUCGAAAACCAAGCAAGAUACGGAAUAAUUGUAAUGGAAGUCUAUAUAUCAUUUUAAACGUUCUUUUAAAUAAGACAAACUUAAUUUAUAUUGCCAUAUCCCUUUAAUUAAGAAACUUUUUGCUCAAAACCUUAUAAAACAUGAUUUCUAUUUCACAAAUUGUCGGCUUUUCUGUGUGAUGAGAUCACCUAGGUUGCAUCAUACAUUUAUGAUUAUUUUUGUAAGGUAUUUUUUGCUGUAACGAUGGGAUCAAUGAUUCUUGGACAAACGGCAGCAACAUGUUUUGAAGCGUUAGCUUCAGCCAGAGGAGCAGCUUUCGUCGUAUUUCAAACUAUUGAUCAGGUAAGCUGCAUGACCGUACAUUACUUCACAUAAUUCAUGCUAAUGAAUGUAUAUUCUUGUACACUAUUGAAACUUGCUUCCAAGUAGCAGAGAAAGAUACUAUUAAUUUCAAGGGGUUAUUUUAACUCUGUCUGAAGAGUUAAAUCUACUCCACUUGCGAGCCCCCCUCCCCCCUUCUCAUUUUAAACAACUUGUCGGUACGGAUAUUACGUAUGAAAAAAUGUAACUCUGAAAUUAACUGAAUUGAUUCGAAAUGGUCGGUAAAUUGAUUGUUAAAAUUGAGUUUGACGUUAAACGUUCGGAAUGCAGACGGAUACGCCUCUGUGGAUUCCAAAAGUUUACUCCACUUGCAGUCAUUUACAAUUUAACUCCACUGAAGAAGUAAAGUAACUCCAGCAAAGGAGUAAAAAUAACGGAAUAAUUUUUACUGCAUGUUUUUAAUCUAGGGAUCGAUUUGCGGAAGGAGUAAAAAUAUUUGCGAGUAAUCCCCCGAAAUGUUUUGCUUAAUCAGGGUAAUUUAACUUAGGAAUGGCAAAAACGACAUUCAAGUUGUUUCAACCUAGAUUAAGGCCGUUUUCCACUUCAAGUGCACCGUGCCGAAACGAAUCAAAAAAUUUAAAAAUUUUAAACUUUAGUGAAUGUUCAUCCGGUGAUAUUUCUGUAGUACGCCAAAAAGGCACUCGGCACUCGAAAACCAGCCCAGUUAAUCGGGCUAGCCCGGCAGUGCCGGGCUCAUAUGAACAGGCCCUAAAGUCGGUUUUCCACUUCAACCGUAUCGUAGCGAAGCCGCAGUGUAUUUCUUUGUUUCCUGAAAUGCUACGGUACGCUACGAUACGGUUGAAGUGGAAAACAUGCAGGCUUUAUGCCAGUUUUCCACUUCAACCGUAUCGUAGCGAAGCGUAGCAUAUUUCUUUGUUUCCUGACCACUAGAGUGGAACUAAUGACUUCGACACAAAAGAAACUUGCGACGAACUUUCCAUUUUGAUACGCGAAUACAUCCGGAGGUAUACGUAAAUUUUUCAAUUUAUUUUCAUGAUCAACCUGUGCAUACUCACCAGUACGUUUCGGUACGGUACCAUAGAAGUGAAAAACGGCCUUUAAGUCAGUUUUCCACUUCAACCGUAUCGUACUGAAGCGUACCGUAUUUCUUUGUUUCCUGAGCGGUAGUGUGGAACUAAUGACUUCGACACAAAAGAAAAUGCUACGAUACGUUACGAUUGAAGUGGAAAACAGGCUUAAAGUCGGUUUUCCAUGUAACGUACCGUAGCAUUUUCUUUUGUGUCGAAGUCAUUAGUUCCACUCUAGUGGUCAGGAAACAAAGAAAUAUGCUACGCUUCGCUACGAUACGGUUGAAGUGGAAAACUGGCAUAAAGCCUGCAUGUUUUCCACUUCAAUCGUAUCGUAGCGUACCGUAGCAUUUCAGGAAACAAAGAAAUACACUGCGGCUUCGCUACGAUACGGUUGAAGUGGAAAACCGACUUUAGGGCCUAUUCAUAUGAGCCCGGCACUGCUGGGCUAGCCCGGUUAACCGGGCUGGUUUUCGAGUGCCGAGUCCCGCCUCACAUAUUGUUUUUAUAUUAAUUUAAGAUUCGGUUCAUAUGAGAAGCGGGCCAGCCCGGUUUGCCGGGAUCUCGCUUGAGCGAGGCUAGCCCGGCAAGCCGGGCUGGAAAUUUGCGUGCUUUAUUUCGCUUAUAAACAGUCUAAAAAGUUCAAAGCUAUAGGAAUUUAUCAAAAUUAAACCUCCUGAAGCUGUUGCCGUCGACAAAAAUACAAAUUUACUGAAUAAACACGAAUUUUACUUUCCCGCUAAAAUAUCGCGGGAAAUCGUUACUAUGAAUAGAUAUGAUUGCCGGGCUAGCCCGCCUCAUGUGAAAGUAAAGCGGGCCAGCCCGGUUAACCGGGCUCAUAUGAACAGGCCCUUACUGCGGUAUUCGCUAUACAGUGUGUAUCGUAUCAAAAAAAGUAUAGCCUUUCAAAUUUAAAUCAAGCAUUGAAUGGUUCCCACGAGUGCAUAAAUGAUUGACACAAAUAAAUUUUAUGCAUAAAGAAACUGUUUAAGAAGCUGUUUUUAAUUCCCAGGAGCAGAAAAUCGCGCACUUUACCAGGAGAUAUUCCUAACUAAAUUCUAAUACAUGCAACUUGUCAAUAUUUUACGCAUCAUUACGUCCAGCUGUUUGGUAGGGCAUUCAAAUUUAACAAUAAGUGAUUUCAAUAGUUUUCGUUUUUUGGGGGCCACCCUGUAUAAUUGCUUCGAACAAGUUAGCGACCCUUAAAACAAAUUAAAGACUUUCUACCUAUGAGACAUGUACAACCUGUACAGUACAAGCAGAUUAAAAUGAAGUUAAUUGAUCUCUUUUGUAAAUAAGACAUGUUUUCGUCGCGUAUCAUUAACUCAAAGCAGUUGAGAACAAUCAAAUCACUUAUAAUUAUUGGAAAUUUGAAUUUGAAAGGCCAUACUUUUUUAUACAAAACUAUUGAAAUAACGUAUUGUUAGAAUUUGAAUACCCUAGCACUAAGCUGAACGCAAAGAUGCGCAAAACAUUGACAGGGUGUAUAUAUUAAAUAUUGAUUUGUAAAGCGCACUUUUUUUUCUGCUCUUGGACUUGGGAAUUUAAAGCAGCUUCUUAAACAGUUUCUUUAUGCAUAAAAUUUACUUAUGUCAAACUUUUUGCACUUGUGAGUUCAACAGAUACCCUGAUUCCAGAGGUUUAUUUUUAUUAUUUUCAUUGCGAAGGGAGAGAAAAAAUAAACCUCUGGUUGAAAGCGGCAAUUGAUUCAUCGAGCCGCGCCAAUCAGUUUGAAUUAGAGUCAGAUCCUGACUCUGUCUCCUGAUUGGAUGAUUGUAUUAAAGCUCUCUGAUUGGUUAUAGACGUUUUAUUUUAAUCAAUCAGAGAGCUUUAAUACAAUCAUCCAAUCAGGAGACAGAGUUAGGAUCUGACCCUAAUUCAAACUGAUCGGCGCGCUCGAUGAAUCAAUUGCUGCUUUCAAUCAGAGGUUUAUUUUAAACCUCUGGAACCAGGUUUUUCAACAUGGUGCUGAGACAUUCAAAUUCUAACAAUACGUUAUUUCAAUAUAUAGCUUUCAAUAUAUAGUGCGUUUUUUUGGGACAUCCUGUAUUCACGUGUGUGCGAAACAGCUAGAAUAUAUCUCGUGUAAAAUUAUUAUUAUAACAAUAUUCAGCUGGUUGGCACAGUCUUUGUUCGAAUAUCCCCAAGUCAAAAGUAUGUAUUCAUGGCCGCAGGGAGGGGACGGGGAGGGGAGUUGGAGAGGGGGGGGGGCACUUUGCCCACUGGGAAAGUUUUGCCUCGAGUGCCGCGCAACUUGGCUGUAUUACUAGUAUAUCGGCUUCUUAUUGUUCAAUAACAAAACAACGCGCCGGUCGCGGUUUUUCAGAAACUCUGUAGUCUUAUUCAUUUAAUUAUACUCGUAUAGAAAUCAGAAAUUGAUGCUUCCUCAUCCGCUGGAAAGAAGCUAGAAAAUAUUAGUGGUGCUUUAGAAUUCUGUCAUGUUAAUUUUGCCUACCCAAGACGACCUGCAUUCGAGGUGAGAAUUGUUGGCAGAUAAACUGUACUUGUAAACUGCUAGGAAUACAUGCAUGCAAAAACUCUCGCCUUGGUAAUUAAUCAAACACCCUAUAAUUAUAUUUUCCACUUAUAAAUUAAGUAUUUAAGGCGGUUGUCAUUGACAUAGUAACAUGAUCAUUUUUCUCUUUUAUACUGUACUUUUAUUGCAAAUUUGUAAAAAAUAAAAGAUUAUGACAUUUAAUUACAAAAUAUUUAUUUUCUGUAAGGUUCCUAUAUUCUGCGUUGCAGGUGUGCAUAGCCGCGAGCGGAAUUAAUUCCCUCCUUUCCUCUGGGUUUACACUGCGUUGGCUCGGGAUUAAGUAAAUCAGCUGAUCAUUAAUUUCUUGUACAGGUUUUAAAGGAAUUCAAUCUAAAGAUACCAAGCGGGAAAUGUGUUGCACUUGUCGGAGAAAGUGGUUGUGGAAAAACUACGAUUGGGAAACUACUGCAGAGAUUUUAUGAUACAGAUAGAGGAUCUGUAAGUUCGAUCUUUCAGCAUAGUGAUAUAUUUGAAAUAUAAUAGCUGGUACUCAGCGCAAAAGCAGCUGUGCAUGUCUGUGGUAUGCAAUUAGGCCAGAAGCUCAUCUAGUCACCAUUUCGGGGCAGGUUUAUUAGUAUAGCAUGACCAGUUGCCAUGGCCAGCUUUGCCACUGAACCUGGGAUUAAUUUGAUCAACAAGUGGUUAGGAAGGGGCAUUUAGAAAUAAGUGGGCUGGGAAGCUAGUGGGAUCUAGACUCCCUCUUCCGGUCUUCCCUCAGUAUCCUAUACUAAUCAGUGAAAUCAAAAUUGAUUAACCAUCAAAUGGGAAUCGUCAUUAUUAAUAGUCUGUUUUUUUUCUCUAAUCAGGUUCUACUUGAUCACCAGAACAUAAAGGAUCUGAAUGUCAGUCAUCUUCGACGUCACAUUGGUGUAGUGAAUCAAGAACCAGUAUUAUUUUCAACAACAAUUGCUGAAAAUAUCGCUUUCGGUCGUGAAGGAGUAACACAGCAUGAAAUUGAGAAAGCAGCAAAAAUCGCAAAUGCUCAUGAUUUUAUUAUCCGCUUUCCAAAGGUAAAAAGAAAAUUUAUAGAUACUGUAGAUUUUCGAAUUCGUUAGUGUCCGUAUAAUUUACAAAAUUACGUAAACAGAUUUAAUUUCGUUGACUCGAUACAGCUCGAGUGACGGAAUUGCAAACUUUGUUGCUUUGUAUUGUACGCAAUGUCAGAGUAUGAAAAUAUUGUUAUUUCUGUGGAUGAUUGUGAAAUGCAUUGAUCCUCCUAAACAUGCAUUACGUCAUCACAAUAAAUGUCAUGCACUCGAAUCGUUCUAAAGCCUCGGUGAAACGAGGUUGAGAGUUGAUGAGGGUUGCAACUCUCGCUCGCGUCUGCUCAUGCGCUCUCGUCACUUUUCACUGGUUCAAAUUUUAACGAGAGUUGAUGAGAGAACACCGCGGAAAAACGUCUGCGCAUGCACCAAAUUAUGAAAAUAUGGCGGGUAAUUUGAAUAUCAAUUUCUAAAACAAAAACAUGCUUAUUAAUUGGUCAAAAAUUAGUGAAACAAACGAGAAAAUAUAGCAAAUGGGUAGACUAAUUGAAAGCGUCCUGGCAUUUAAAGUAUGGAAUGAAAUAUAAUUCAUGUAAAAAAUUGUUGAUUUUAACGGACACGACUUCGAAAAUUUUUGCAAAAUUAUUCAAAACAAAAAUUCAAACUAAAAAACUCUCGAAAAGUUAAGCUUCUUAACCCACUCAAAUUGUAGAAUAAAUCCUAUAGUUUAAUUAUUGUGAACACGAAAAUUUUUUAUAUUUGGCGACAUAGUUUUUUUUAAAGAAAUGUAUCUCAAACGAAAAUUCGGAAAUUGUCCUUGCUUAGUUGAUAAACAAAAUGUUUCAGACGAUAAAUUUGUCAACAAUCACCUUUAGUUCAUGUUCUUGUACAAUAGAAUUUCUUGAACCUUCUGGCUGUAUUUAUUCCUAGUUUUUAGAAUGACAUGUUUAUUUUCGCGCUCGAAAUCUGGCUGUAAAGACGCACAAUGAAGUCACUCCUUUUUACCGCCAUUUUGAGCCUUCGGAAACGUUCGGAACAGCUUCUCAUCAAGCUCGCAAUACUGUUACAGGUAAGGUUGACGCAUGCGCAGACGUUUUUCCGCGGUGUUUGAUGAGAGUGUUCGCUACCGUCAACUCUUAAGGCCUGAUUCCACGAGGCGGAAUUUUUCGACCGAAACGAAAUUUCUCUUUGUCCUUUUACAAUUAGUUCUGCUCGAGAGCUCAUGAAACAAAGAGAAAUUUCGAUUCGGUCGAAAAAUUUCGCCUAGUGGAAAACCGCCUUUAAGGCCUGAUUUCGCGAAAUGUUCGCGAGGAAUUGUGUCUGCGAAAUACGGAUGGUUGCACAUGAGCGAUUCCACUGAAUUUCCGCUUUCGCAUACCCUGGAUGCCAGAGCCUUCGACAGUAAAUAAUAAAUUGAAAUGUCGCGAAGGCUCUGGUUCAACGGGGCGAUUCUUUGAUUGAACCGCGCCAAUCACAAAACAGAAUUAGUGGUUUUAGUACAGAAUCUGUACUAAAACCACUAAUUCUGUUUUGUGAUUGGCGCGGUUCAAUCAAAGAAUUGCCCCGUUGAACCAGAGCCUUCGCGACAUUUCAAUUUAUUAUUUACUGUCGAAGGCUCUGGAAUCCUGGGUAGCUUUCGCAAUGAGUUGAACUGACUUCUACUCACUGGUGAGGCGAAUUUCUUUCUUGCGAUGCCUAAUUUAUCUUCACUGCGCAUGCACCUAAUUCAUUUCGCGCGAAAUGUUUCUCAUUUCGCCGAAGAAAGCGCCCGUGGAAUCAGGCCUUUAUGCAUGCAACUCUUGUUCUCGUUUCAUCGAGGCAUGGGAGUUGAGGAAACGCUCGUGCCAACUCUUGCUUUCAACUCUCAUUCUCACUUGACCAGGGCUUAACCAAGGCUAUACUUCAAUGAUAGAGAAGCGCUCCAGAAACUCACAAAUGCGAGUUCAAGAAAACGAAUGUUCCUUUUUCCCUGCAAUGACAUUCUUCAUUCCUGAUUAAUUAAAAAUUCUUUCUAAAUGACCAAAUAUACCUGACUAUGGCAUCAUCUUAGUAUUAUACAUAAACUUGUGGUUAGAUCGAGCUCGUUAACUGGACCCUGUAGCUCAGUUGAUUAGAUCGCUGCACCGGAAUCACUGGCCCGCAGUUUCGAUUCCUGCCAGAGGGCCUAUAUAUAGUUGCAUUUUUUGGAACUUAUCCUGGUUAUGUCCUACAGUAAGUAAUAUUUAAAAUCCGACUUUGAGGACAGGACUAGAUUUCCAGUCCGCGCAAUUUGAUCAAGUCGAGGCAAAGCUGAGGACUGGAACAAAAUGCGAGGACUUGAAAUCUAGUCCAGUCCGAAUUGGAGGAGUUGAAAUGACAUCUCACAAUUCGAAUAAAUUACUGCACAUAGAGUGAGAUGAAUUAAUUUUAAUCCAGUCCUAGGACUAGAUCGAUAUUCUUCACCAUAUAUCCAGUAUAUCGUGUGAGCAAAAUGAGGCAAUAUUAUUGGCUAUUUUACUCAUGAAUUAUUUAACAAUUAUUGAAUGAGGUUGAGCACGAUAUGAAGAAUUAUCAAGCCCGAAGUUUGCCGUUAUCAACCGAAGCCGAAACCUGAGGUUGAUAACGGCAAACUGAGGGCUUGAUAAUUCUUCAUAUUGUGCGAAAAGAGAAUUCAAUAAUUGUUUUAUUAUUUAUUUAAAAAGUUCAAAACAAACAUUUUUUUUUAUUUGUAUUAAGAAACAAACAAUUCCUUAGUCCUUCGGCAGUCGUCGUCGCGUCAUAUCAAUGGCGUCAGCGAGUCAAUAUGAUUCUCGUCGUCAUAGUAAUAUGGCGCAAACUCGUCCAAAUUUUUUUCAUAUUGGACGUCAUUUUGCUAAUAUGAAUGUGAAAAAUCCGUAUUUGGUUAGCCAUUGAGUUGAUAUGACAAUUUCACAGUUGGCUGUUAGCCAAUCAGAAACCAGGAAUUUUUUAAAUAAAUAAUAAUAAUGAUUAAUGGAUGAAAUUUGCACUCGAAAUUUCCAUCUAAAAAAUCCUUCAACAUUACUGCAACAAAAAUUCUGAUAUUAUGCCAAUUGUACUUGAAGGGUUAUGAAACAUUGUGUGGUGAACGUGGUACACAGAUGAGUGGUGGUCAGAAACAACGUAUAGCUAUAGCAAGAGCUUUAGUAAGAAAUCCUAAGAUAUUGUUGUUAGAUGAAGCCACGUCCGCCUUGGAUUCCGAGAGUGAAGCAGCUGUACAAGAAGCUAUUCGUAAAGUAAGUCACAAGAAAUUACUAACCAUUCAGUAUGAAGAAACAUAGUUUUAUCUGUUCUGACACUAAUAUUUUCGUUACGUCAUCAUUGUUGGUUUUUUUUUAUCUCAUUUGAAGUGUGAGGGGGUAAAGUUGCUUUCUUUAAUCUCGUUUGAAGUGUUAGGGGGGAAAUCAGGGAAGUUUAGGCGAGGAAAUUGCUAGUAGGUGUGGGGGGAUUUUCUAUAAAAUUUCUUAAUCUUAUUGCUACAUGGAUGGCUUAAAGAAAAGCAACCCGGUUCUGUACUUUAUCGUAUUAUGGUUGAUUAGUUACUGUGUUAAAAGAUGAUGUUUUAUAAAUAAAUAAAUUGUGCUGCACAUAUUUGACAAUUAUUCACCGGAUUGGAGACCUUCACCUUUUUUCCUAUAUGAAGUUCUAUUUGACACACCUCUUAAACUUUAUUACGUCAAGAAGAUGUAUUCUAUGCGAAACAAAACUACAAUUCUGCUUUGGAGUAAUCUAAUAAAAAUCAAGACAGCCAAUCCUCGGUUUUGGCGGGAAAGCGAUUCGCGACUCCCAAAUUGCUGGCCCUUGGUGCCAUGGAGCUAAUUCACGGAAGUCCUCGGUAAAAUCUCGAUCCAUGAAGUAGGUGUAAAGAGUAGGAUAGCUGCGCAAUGCUUGAUACAACAUUCAAACAUCAUUAAUAAUUCAUAAGCUUUUUGGCACAACAUGUCAACCAUAACAUGUCACGUGAAGAGGUUUAAACCUGAUAAAACUCAUUUUCAUUAUUCUUUAUAUAAAAGUCCCUCCUAAUUAGUACUCUUUAUAUAAUAAAUACUAAUGAGACGGCAUCUAUUGUAGUCGUGUUUGAAACUAUUCAAAACCCUCGUGUUGUAUCAUAUCUAAAAUGCUCGUACUGCGCACUCGCAAUUUUAAAUAUGAUAAAAUACUACUACGCGUGUUUUAAAUAGUAAAUAGUAUUAUACAUAUACAUACAUACAUACAUACAUACAUACACACAUACACACAUACAUACACACAUACAUACACACAUACAUACACACAUACAUACAUACAUACAUACAUAUAUUCAUACAGAAACUUUAUUUAUACUCGAAUUUGUGAGUAGCUUACAUAGCUAAUUUCUCCGAGUAGAUAGAGAUAGAGUAAUUGCAAGCUUGGACGUGACAAUUCCUACUGCGGCCGGUAGCAGUAUUUCCAGGGAACUUACUCCUACAGUGAUAAACAUCACUAAACAUGCCGUGCCCUCCAUAAUCUUAAUAUAGGCUGGGCAAGGACGAACCAUGAUCAUUAUUGCUCAUCGACUUUCGACGAUUCGCAACGCUGAUAUUAUUGCUGUUAUCAGUGAAGGACAUGUGGUUGAAAUAGGGACACAUGAGGAGCUUUUGGUUUUGGAUGGACUAUACAGCAGUUUUGUGAAGCUACAGGUGAAACUUGAUCACUGAGAUGACUAUUUUAUAGCUGGACCUAGAGAUGUUAAUUAGUCUUUCAGACGCCGAACUAGAUUAAAAAUCUUAGACUUGAUCAAAGAAUAGAAGACCAGUAUGAGCAAUUUAAAAGGAUUGUCCUGCAAAAAUAUCAUUUUCAGGGCGUGUAACUCCCCCUGCCCCCUCCCAGGAUUAAGGCCCCCGGGCAUUCGGAUAAUUUUCUGACCAUCACAAUCAGGGGCGUAGGAACCGGGGGGGGCAGGCCCCCAAGUUUUGCCAAGUGCCCUUUUUCCGGGAGCAAAGUGCCCUUUUUUGCGUGAAAAAUUUCCGUAAGAUUGCAUUUUUUGCCUAAAGGGCAUUUUUGAAAACUUGAAUCUAUGUUAUUUCCGGAAAAAAUUUUUCAUUCCCGAGAAAAAUAUUAUAUAUCUGGAAAAAUUUUUGGUUUGUCCGGAAAAUUUUUUCCGUAUUUAGGAAAAAAGGCGGUAUAGCGGGAAAAUAUUUUUUGGUAUGUCCGAAAAAAUUUUUAGAUGCCCUUCUUUUCUCGAAAAGUGCCCCUCAAAGCCUGCCCCCCCCCCCAAGUUUUAGAAGCUUCCUACGCCCCUGAUCACAAUUCUGGGAAUUCGUCCUCCACGGGACGUGAAAUGGCGUCUCAGAUCUAGACACUCUAAUUUUCAACAUUUUGCGGGGAAUAUGCCUCAUACGCCCUGUGGGUCUCGCGCAUUUUCCAUAGACACACGAUAAUUGUGCUGUUGCAUCAUCAUCCACGGACACGCGGAAGCCUGAGCACGAGGAUGAUACAUUCGACGCUACUCCUCAGGACUCUCAUGUCAACUUCUUAAAUUUCUCCCAGCAUCUUUACGUUAUUUUCUGACCACAGAGUUUCAUCGGCCAAAACGAACCCACACGUCUGAGAUUAUCUUCUUUAUAUGUUUGGAAUGGAUCGAAACAUUUCUCAAUAUUGUCAUUAUUUCAUUCCUAUGACAUUGGCAACAUUCUAACUACUUUCUACAAACGAUCCAACUCAUGUAUUUUACAUGUAGGCGAAUUAUGAUGACGACGUUGAAGAAGAUGGAAGCAGUUUUGACGACGAACAAUUCUUUCAUAUUACCGAUAGUACGUCUAUUAAUUAAAGGUCCAUAUACAGACCGGACGCGAUUUGGCAACGCGACGCGAAUUUUCAAUGACAUUUAACUUCAAUAUUGUUCUAUGUUUUUCAAAUAUUCAGAACCACUUAAGCAAUUUUGGCUAUUUGGUCUGCAUAUCUUGUAAAAAUUUUAUCCGUUGACGGUUUUAUUUGCUUUUAAAAACUGAAAAUUCGCGUCGCGUUGUCGAAUCGCGUUCGAUCUGUAUGGACCUUAAAGUGCCUAUAUCACUUAUGGGACCUUUAUGAAUUUGAAAAGAGCGUUUUAGUUAAUAAGUUCAAAAGCUUUGUUUGAUUUGGUGCAAUAGUUUUGAGGAUAUAGGCCUUUACACAACGGACUGUUCCUGAGUCCCGGCCUCCUGGAAUUUAUUGAAUCUAUUGAAUUUGGCCUUUUUCGAAACUGUCCAUUGUGCAUAGGAGCCUGGGACUCAGGAACUGUAGGUAGUUUAGAGACCUGUAUCUUUGAAAUUAUUGCACUAAAUCAAAAAAAGCUUUUGAACUUAUAAGUUAACUAACUUUUUACGCUCUUUUCAAAUCCAUGAACGUCCCACAAGUGAUAUAGGCACUUUAAGACUCUUUUCUACUCAUCGUAAAAAACAACUGGGCGGUCAAACGCGAGCUAGAGUUGAAACCCUCAUCAACUCUCCUCCUCGGGUGUCGACCAUAUAACAAACAUACUUGCAGGGAGGUGAGUCCGGAAUUGGACGCACCGAGGGUGGCCUGAAGUUUCCCGAACUCACCGAGCGAAGCGAGGUGGGUUCGGGAAACUUCCAGCCACCCGAGGUGCGUCCAAUCUCGGACUCACCAAACCUGCAAGUAUGUUUAGUUUUUAUCACAUGCCAUUUCGGUAAAACGUACUGAAGAAUAUACGCAUUUUAGUGUAUAAUUUCUUGUUUGGGUAAUGAACAUUUUAGCCGUCAAAAUACCACGCAAACAAACAAACUUAGGCUACAAUAUUCUUGAAAAUGCACACAUUCUGGGGAAACAUUGCCAAGAUCGGUAUAAACCUGCCGGUGCCGAAUAAAUUUCGGCGGCCAUCUUUCUUUUUUUCCACUUUGAAUACAGAAUGUUCCAUUUUCAUCCAACAAAAUAAAAAAAUAAUAAUUAUAAAACAAUUAAAAACAGUUAUUUUAUUUUUUUAUUUAAAUCUUUUUUUAUUUAAAUCGAUCUCGAACCCACCUCCUAAACAUACGUCAGCAGGUGGGUUCGAAAUUGAACUGACCUCCUCGUAGCCAAUAGGAAAGCCGCUAAUACGCUAGGUAUGAGAUAAGGGCUUAAAUCCAUUAACAAACAACAAUCUAAUAUCACAUGUUACACACUAAGCUACUAAUAAUUAAAAGAUGUACUUCUAAACUUAAAACAAUUUUGAAUAAUUCUUUGUAUUGAUUUUUUAGAUGGCGCCCGUAAACUGACCUCUCUCGUCUCCACAAUUGACGGAUCUCAAGCUAAAACGUUGCUAGUGGUAAGGAUGAGAAAAGUUGAGAAAAUCCGACAUGAACUCUAAAUUACUCUCUGCCUCUAAGGGACUCGCCAUUAUUUAUAGCGAGGGGUGGCACCGAAGAGAAAAGGGUUGGGUAAACAAAAUUUUGAGUAAGUAAAAGGUUGGCUAAAUCAAAAACAAAACAACUCAAGGGUUGGGUAAUAGAAAAUUAUUAUCAUUUCCAAAGCAUGACUCACUCAAAUAUUGAAGAUUAAAAAGCAAUGUCAACAGUCAUAUGUCAACACAAUAUGUAAACCAAUCAGCGUUACUAUCUUGAUCAUUUCCGAAUUGUCAGAAGGCAAAUGGUAUCUCCAAAGAGGGUGUUGAUGGGGUAUAUCGUGAGUCGUGAUUCACUCAAUUUCGGUUACUGUCAGUCGUGAAAACACUAAAAAUUUAAGGUGAAGCGUGAGGGAAAAAAACUGUUUAUCGUUUCAGAACACUUUACCGUUAAAAUACCAAAUUUUUUCCCCUUACUGAUUUUCAACCCCCCCCCCUCCCCCUUCCCUCCCCAUCUAGACCCUCUUCAAAGAAAGUACAUGUGCACACAACAUGAAACAUUAAGCCGGUUUUCCACUAGGCGGAAUUUUUCUUUGUCUUUUCUAAUUAGUUCCACCCGAGAAAUCACAAGACAAAGAAAAAUUCCGCUCCGCGCGCAAAAUUCCGCCUAAUGGAAAACCGGCUUUACACUGCAGGAAAUUGCACAAGCAGUUAUCAAAGUCAUGUCACUGAACUAGUUAGGUGGUAAAGGGCAUUUGCGACUACUGAACGGUAUCCUUUUGUAAAUUUGGCCAGGGGUGGGUAUUUAAUUCUAAUUUAUAUUUGAGGUUGCCUAAAACAAUUUUUGACUUGUUGAUGGUUGGAUCAGCAAAAUUUUUACCGAGAAAAACAUUUCUCUUCGGAAUGACCGGUCCCUAACUCCCACAAUCUGUCAUGUGCAGUGGCGGAAAUUCACUUUUUCCGGUGGGAGGGGGCAAAGCCUCCUAAAUUUCCGACAAAACUUUCAAAUUUUCGACGUACCCACUUAUUUGCACUCGAAAAGACUUUUUUAGCCCUCUUUUAGGUAAAAAUUUCCGAAAAUUUGUCAAUUUUCCGUGAAGGUGGGGGGGGCGGUCGACCAACCCCCCCCCCCGCGCCACCCAGAUUUCCGCCACUGGUCAUGUGUUAACAUUCAUGGCAGAUGUAUUAUUUCAACUGUGAGUUUUAUAUAUUGUACAUGUUAUUGCAUGUUAUGCACAUACAUUGAUCACUAAUAAAACAAACACUACGACCAAAAAGGCCCGUUUACACUUUUACAAUUUUGCUGCGAUUUGUAUAGUGCGAAUUUUGUCUUCUGUAUGGAUGUGAACGAGCCAUGGGCGGCCAUAUUGGACUUGUUUUGCAGCUGCUAGCGAUUGAGGCAAGUUGCAAACGACGUACUUUAUUCUCAGAUUUUGUGAUUAACAACGUCGCGUUAUACAAUUCACUGUUCACAGUUGAAGCCAUAUUUUAACGUGAUAUGCAAAUUACGAAGGAUGUAGAAUAAAUCGUGAUCGUGAUUUCUGGUCAUGAAUUUGACAGAUUUAAAAUUCUCUACUCAUUAUAAAUAUUCAGCUUCAAAAUCGGCUCAUCAGUGAAUUCAAAACGAUACUGUAGACAGUCCUAGUUAAUUGGUAUAUAUCAGUGGAGUACAUGUACCUCUUCAUGGACCAUGUACAUAUAUCAUAAUUCAUCCACUCGUUCACAUCCAUCAGAGAAAAAAAACUAUCGCAACCUUAAAUCGCAGCACAAAAGGAAUUAAAAGACGUCCUUGACUUCUUUUUUCGGAGUAUCGACCACUAUCCCUCCAGCGUUCGUUCAGAUAAAUCGACAAAUGCAUACUUUAACAGGGGCGUACCCACGAGGAUGAAUGGGGGUCUAGAAUCCCCACUUUUCUGCAGGACCAAUUUUGUAAUUCCUCCGAAACUGACGAGAAACUGGGGCGCGCGUAACUUCGUAAUACUUUCAUCUAUGACAUAAAAUAUUUCAAAUCUAUGGCUUUCGGAUUACUAUAAAACGUGUUUAAAAGGCAUGAAAUCGCGUUUCGCUUAAAAUAGAAUAUUUUUCGGAUGGACCAGGGCGCAACUGUUAGAGAGGGGUGGGGAGUGACAGCAACCGAAGUUUAAAAACGGUAUGAUACUUAUUGCCUAGUGUUGGGCUGUAUUUCGAGCAAAGCAGUUGAAGUCAUCUGAAGUAAAGUUAUAAAAGUUCACCAAUUUCAUAGCAGAUUGAUUGGUGAUCACACCUUUUGUCGAGCAUGAAGAACUCGCACCCCCCUGAUACGUUGCGCGCCUGGGCCAGACAGCCUAUAGUUGUUCUGUGUAUUCGACAAAUGCAAUGCCCCGGAGUGAGGACUAAUUUAGGGUUGGCUACGCGUUUAUUAUAUAAAUGUUUCUUUUUCUAAUUUCUAGUUUGACCACGUGGACAAUAUCAAGCCAAUAUCUUUCACGAAAAUAUUAAAAUGGAAUGCUCAGGAGUGGAAUGUCUUGGUCCUUGGUUGUAUUGGCGCCGCAUUGUAUGGUUCAUAUCCUUUUCUAUAUGGUAUAGCAUUUGGUGGGGUACUUCAUGUAAGUACAUAUAACAUUUUACUGCAAUCCAUAUUUAUAUGCAAUUCAAACAAUUUAUUGCAAGUUUAAUAAUAGCUUUCAAAGAGACGCUUAGAAACCAGUAAAGAUUUUCUCUGCACUUCACUUGGUUGAAACUGAAUAUUGGAGUAGAUGGAUAACCCAAGUCACGAUAACAUACACUAUACAUACAUACACUAUACAUACAUAUAUACAGUACACUACUCACUAGAUACAUACACAUUUUAUACCUAACCAGGAACAGUUGCUAAAAAUACAACACUAGGUCCUCUGGCAGGAAUCGAAUCUGCAGCACUUGGAUUAUCCAUCUGUACUCCAACAUUGAUUUUCAAGUUUCAAGCAAGUCAUGCAAGUGUAGAAAAUAUCUUUGAAGUUCACCUUUUUCAUUACCCGCCCACAUCCAUAUAUCCAAGAAUCUGUGGUUAACGCUAGGAAACUGGCCUCUGUAGUUCAGUCGGUUAGGGCGCUCGUAUCACCAAGGUCAGUAAUUUGGUGUGUGAGCAGAAAGUGAGUGCUUGGUACGAUCCAUUGCGAGAUUGGACUUCCAAUUAGUUGACGAAUUAAAAGAUAUCUCCUUUCAAAUCAACAUUGAACACUUUUGUUGAUUCCCACAUUAUUUUAUUGUAGACAAUGAGGUACAAUUCGAGAAUCGAAGAAGAGAGUGAGUCCAUGGACCAUGAUUCAAAACACUGGGCUGUUUUCUUUUUCCUUAUUGGAGUAGAGAGUGGGCUGGGAAUAUUCUUACAGGUAAGGUGAUCAAUCCGUUGUGAUGAUUACCUUACGGACAUGAAAUGUAUGCGGGUUUCGAGUGUGAAUUUUAUACAUUUAAAUAAUAGACCUAACCAGAGCGGUUGCGAAAAAUGCAACUAUAGGUCCUCUGGCGCGAACCUGUGGCCCUGCGAUUCCUGUGCAGCGCUCUAACCAACUGAGCUACUCAGAUCAGUAACAGUUGUCGAUCGCGGUCUGUAGCUCAGUUGAUCAGAACGCUGAACCAGAAUCGCAGGGGGGCUAUAAAACGGAAAACGAGGACCUAUAAAACGGAAAACGAAACUAGACAAUUCCCAAGAGGGAAUUAAAAUUGAAUGUGAAAUUAUCUAAAAUGAGCUCAACUCGUCAAUCGUCGUCUUAGGGAGACAAUAAGAACGUCCAGUAAACAUAGAUCUCAAACUCAUUAAUAAUUCAUGAAUAAAUUAGCCAACCAUAUUGCUUUAUUUUGCUUACAUGAUAAUAUUGGAUACCUGAUGAAGUAUAUUGAUCCAGUCCUAGGACUGGAUCAAAGUUAAUUCAGUCCUUGGACUGGAUCAAAAUUAAUUAAGUAGUGAUUUAUUCGCAUGCGAUGUCAUUUCAAAUCCUCCAAUUCGGACUGGACUAGAUUUCAAGUCCUCACAUUUUGAUCCAGUCCUCGGCUUCGCCUUAGGCGUGAUUAAAUCUCGCGGACUUGAAAUCUAGUCCAGUCCUCAUACUCGGAUUUGAAAUAUUACUUCAAUUAACCACUAAACAGAGAACAUUCGUAAUCAAAAGUUUUACCAAACAAACAGCUUGCAGCAGACUCGCGUAGCUUUUGGAUUGAUUAACUUUGCAUACUGAUUAAUGUAUUUUCAAUUCCCAACGGUGGAAGAAUGUGAUUUCGACCGACAAUUUUUAUUUCACGAGUAUGUGGCCAUUUCUCAUCGUUACGAUUUAAAAAGGUAUCGUUGAAGAGCUAAAUAACAGCUCUUUCGUACUAUGUAAAAAUUAAAUUGUUUAGCAAAGUUUAUGAUGCACGACAGCCUGUUGAAUUACCAUUGCCUUUUUUUGAGACACCCUGUACAUGUUCAUUUUCCAAAUGAUAACCGAAAAAAGCUUUGCCAAAUAAAUAAGAAUAAAUAAUUAAUACAGCAGCUGUCCAAACAUCUUUUUUGAAAUGACCUAAGCAAUGGCUAUUAUAUAUGUUUUUCUUAUCAUUUUAGAAUUGGUGUUUUUCAUCUGCUGGUGAAGCAUUAACUAAACGACUAAGGAAAGCGGCUUUUUCUGCCUUUUUAAGACAGGUAAUAAAGAACUUUUUAUUCCAAUGACCUGCAAAUUGACCAGAUAUUUCACUUUGAACAACUUCUUGUUAUUUUUUAAAGGAUAUGGCCUACUUUGACAGCCCUGAAAAUGGAACGGGAGUAGUCUGUUCACGACUGGCUACAGAAGUAUCUUCAAUUCAGGGAGUAAGCUUGUAAGCUGAGACCAGCACAACUUAGGCUGUCUAUUGUCAAAAGAAAAAAAGGGGGGUAAAAGAAUACAGGAAGGAUGGAGAGAAGAAACCAAAUUGUAGGGAGGGUAGGUAGGAAUGGAAGAAGGAAAGAAAAUAAACGGAAAAUAGAAAAGAGAGAGAUGAAGAAAAAGCACUAGAAAAAGGAUUCGAAUCAGAGUUGAAAAAAAAACUGCGGGCAUGCGUGUACCAUAUCAUAUAUGAGGACAAUGAGGAAGGUUUAAUGUUGAACAAUGUAUUCAACACUCAUCACAAAACAAAUAAAUGAUGUUUGACUAGGCAUGCUGAGAUUGGCAGGAUGCUGAUGUUGUGCUGGUAACGACUAUUGUGACAGUAUCGAUACCAGAGUCGCAUUGGAGAAUACCGGCAUGAGGAGAAAACAAAAACAUGAAAAUAUUCACUAUAGGAAAUAAGAAUAAGAAGUCGAUUUUUAAUGACAUACAUAUGGUAUACAUACAUAUGUUAUAUUGUUGCUGUAUAUUGCAAUUGAUAUCAGUCACGAUUUAGGAACAGUUACUAUUUUUAGACUUUAGGGUUAGAAUUAGGGUUUCGAUUAGGAAAAGGGUUAGGAUUGGGAUUAAGAUUAGGGUUAGGAUUAGAGUAAGGGUUAGGGCUAGGUUUUAUGGUUAGGAUCCGACUGUGGUUAAGUUUAAAAUACAAAAGAAUACAAAAUUACAAAAGUCUAAAAAUAGUAACUCUUCCUAAAACGUGACAGGUAUACUCAAUAAGUAAAUUAUUUACAAUAUUAUCUUAAAAGUUAAAAUAGAAAAACUAACUAAAAUGCUAGGAGGUACGAAAGGCUGGGAAAAGAAGAGGUAGAAUUGAAAGGAUGGCAAGAAGCAAGUGCAUGGAGAGGUUAAUGGAAGGGAAGGGGAGCGAGGAAAAGGAAGGAGAAAUUAAGGCGUAAAACUAGACACGUUUAUUUAUUUAAUUUGCAUAUGCUGCAUAUUCUUUCAGGCAACAGGCCCUCAACUCGGAUUAUUUGUCUCAUCCAUGGUUACAAUAAUUGGUGGUUUAAUUGUCGCUUUUGCUGCUUCGUGGAAACUCACUUUAACCAUGAUGGCUUUUAUUCCUAUUGUUAUCAUCGCUAUAACACUGAUUAAUUAUUUCCUUGGUGCAAAUGACUGCGGUAAAGCCGCCGAUUGUUAUGCUAAGGUGUGUGGCUUAUCAAAAGGUUUCAUAUUUAGGAAGAGGAGAUAUGAUUACACAAUAGCUUGUGGGUCCAAAUUGUGCAUCCCAAAAAUAGAGGUUCAUUAUUUUAUCAUAAGAUGGUUAAUUUUUCCUAUCAGUAUAUAUUUCAUGGGACUUUAUCUUACUUAUCAUUUUUCUUACUUAUCAUGAACAUAUGUGUUCAGCUAGAACAUUCAAACCACGUUCCACGUUUUAUUAAUUUUUAUUCUAAAUAGGUACAGGUAGGUUUUGUAAAUAUUGAAUAAACUGUGUAAUACUAAUAGAUUUUAAGUUUUAAAGGCUCCAAAUCAAAUUUAUAAUAUUCAUUUAUGUAAAAAAUAUAAAAAAAAGUGUAAGAAUAUAAAAAGUCGCGAAAUUAGUAAAUUGGUCAUGAUGGCGGCUGUCCAAUUCAUAAAAACGUGUUUCAUGCAUCGCGUGCGCUCUCGCGUGCGCUCUCGCGUGAAUCUCGCGUGUACUGCACUUACCGAAAUUGCAGAAAAAUACCAAAAUACGCUACAAUUACUGUACUGCGCAUUUUUUUCAGGUUAUCGAAGAAUCGUUUGCCAAUAUCGAAACUAUCGCAUCUUUCAAUCGUGAAAGUGAACGUUUUGUAAAGUAUCACGAAGCAGCUGCGGCAAUGCACAGGUAUAUUUGUGUAUAGACUCGUUUGAAAAAUGAAAAAUACAUGUUCCUCUAGCCUGUCAUCAAAUACUUAAUUGACAUUUUUAUGCAAGUUGCAGAAAGCUCCAUGGCUUUAUUUAGAGAUUAGAGUUAGCAUCUUUCUAUAAUUAAUUGUCAAAACACACUACUCGUAUUCUGGGAUGAGUUUUGAAGAAACACGAUAACCACAAACCCCACUCUCUUUUUCUGCACAGAUUGCAACCUUUUACAAGUACAACUCUGGAGGUCAUUAAGGAAGGGGAUGGGGGGGGGGGACCCUGCCUUGUCUCCUCUGUAUUUUUUAAAUCAUUAGAAUACGUUCAAUGUGUUUUGCUUUAGGAAAGCAAGGAAAAGCAGCCAUUAUGUGGGGGUUAUUACAGGGACAAUAAUGGCGAUUAUUAAUUUGAGUUUUGCUGUAUCGUUUCGUGUUGGUGGUUACUUAGUAACAGAACAUGAGGUCACACUGAAAGAUAUGAUGAAGUAAGUUAUCUUCUAAGAACAGCAUUAUUAAAUUAACUAAUUCUGCCAAAACAUGUUCGCACAUCAUGUCUUGUUAUAGUGGAUCAACACAUGAUGGUCUUGCCGCAAACCCGACGAGCAUCAUAUUAAACCCACAAAAUAGAAGACCUUGUUUCAUGUUGAACCGUGCACAAAUCCUUUGUCUCAACUUCAUUAUUCCACGUGAUUGCAUGUUUUACCAUAGCUAUCCUAUUGGACGAUUACUUCCUUAUACGAAAAGACACUGAGCUCAAUCGCCGUGAUCGUGUACAAAUUAACGUUGUUGUACAAAUUAACUGUAAACUCAAACAAAAACAUAACACAAUGACUUCUGUUCAGUUUGCAGACCAUCAUAUCUUGAUAGACUAUGUAUGAUUUUGUUUAAUAUUCCUCAGUAUUUGGGAAAAGCAGGUGGGAGGGGGGCGAUUCUCUUUGCGAAGGUCAUUAUUUUUUCAUUGAUACAUCCUCAUAGACCAAACAUUUACACUCUUAGCUUUCUAGGAAAGUCCCCCAACAUUCCGAAAGAAGUUGAAGCCAGAAGCGUAGGCACGGAGGGGGGGGGGGAGGAUGUGGUUCACGACCAAUUUUGUAUUUUUUUCAAAACUAGGGCACAAAAUCUGUGGGUUUCAGAUUAUCAUAAAACAUCUCUAAAAAGCAUGAAAUAGCGUAACGUAGACCCUAAAUAUAGAAAAAUAUUCCGGAAGACCAUGCCCCCUGGCUGGCCCGAUAAUUACCCCCUCCCCGAUCUGGUUUAGGCCUGGCUAGGCCCCUGGUGGAAGUGACAAACAUUUGGAAAAAGGAACCUAAGCGUUCGAUGUUUUUGUCAACACGCUCGUCAGCUGUCCAUUUGAUUAAUUAUGGAGCCAGCAGUUCGUUCUUGUAUGAAAAAUCAGCGGUUUGUCAAAAUACAAAUUACUGAAAUCAAGCUCGGGUAUCAGUACCUUUAAUUAAUUUUGCCAGGCCCAGAGUGACAUUCUUAGUGUUGACAAGAGCAUGCUUAAUUAUUAGGCUAGAUAAUAUAAUUGGGACAAAUUUUGAUCAUGUCCAAUUAAUUUUAUUUUGUGCAGAUCAAUAUUCACAAUAGUGCUAUCAGCAAUAGUUAUUGGUCAAGUGAUUUCCAUAACACCAGAAUACUCGAAAGCCAAAAGAGCCGCCAGCAGAUUGUUUAAUCUUUUGGAAAGAGUUCCGUUUAUUGAUUCUUGUUCAAACGAUGGGAAAAAGCCGGUACGUGGAUUUCUUUUAGCUUUUCAUUAAAAUAAAUAGGUAUACACAAUUUAAAUAAGUAUUCGUUGGGAGGCAUGCAACUACUUGAAAAAUAUAAGGAGAAUUUCGACGUUUCGAGCGAAGGCUCUUCAUCUGGAAUAAGCAGCGGGGGUUGGGGAAAACUCUCGAGCUUUUAUACUAAGAAUAUAAAAGCAACACGUGACAAAAAAUAAACCAAUCAGAUGGAUUUAGUCAAAACAAAGUAUGUAAAUCACAUUACUGGAAUAUAUAAAUACAAAUACAUAUACAGAAAACUACAACAAAUACAACAUGAUAUAUGUGAUAGGGAGCUGUGAACUAGGGGUUCACGGAUUUGCUGUGUCGAAAAGAGACUAAGGGGUUAUCGGUCAAUCAAUGUGUGUAAUUGGAAGUUGUGUUUGGUUUUGUUCUUUGGAGGAAAUAAAUUAUGAAGUUUGUGAUUUAUGCCUGAAAUGAUUUGUUAAAGGUACAGUUCAGCCUUUUGAAUGAUGGUUUUUAAGGCGCAUUUCGGCCCUUUUAAUUGAAAAAACUAACUAUAGGAAAAUCAUUUAUACAUAAUUCAAGAUCAGUGAACUCAAUGUUUUUAACAAUAAAAAUGUUUUAAAAUGUUAAAAACAUUAAGCUUGCUGAUCUUGAAUUCUACUUAAUUGAUUUUCCUAGUUAGUUUUUUCAAUUAAAACGGCGGAAAUGCACCUUAAAAACCAUCAUUCAAAAGGCUGAACUGUGCCAAGAUGUUAUCACAAAGUUCUUGUGUCUAGCGAUAUACCUUAUUUAGUCCAUGCCUUAAUAUUUGUUUUACAGAAUCACUGCCAUGGCAAUUUAUCGCUAUCAAACGUUAUCUUCAGAUAUCCUACACGACGUGAUUAUAAAGUCUUACGUAAUUUUGAUCUGUCGGUCCAAUCAGGGCAAACUGUAGCCUUGGUAGGCACAAGUGGUUGCGGCAAAACAACGUUAAUGUCACUUAUUGCACGAUUUUAUGACGUCACUGUCGGGAGAGUGGUAAGCAAUCAUUUGUAAUUAUUUAAAGUUAUUUAAAGGACGUUGGCAGUAAAAAUUUAGUUUGUCUCAUUUGGAAGAACUUAAAAAGACGCUGUGAAAAUCCGUUCUGCGCAUCAGUUCUGCUCAUAACAAAGGGGGACCCGCAGAUAUAAACAUUGUCCAAAUUUUGCAUCUUUUGAACUUUUUUGAAUUGAAACGUAGAGUUUAUAUACCAGAACACGAGGGGAGAGAAGACCCUUGUAGCCGCUGGUCACGUGAUCCGCUAAAAUCUUGCAAAUUUUUAAUUAGCAAAUAGUUUACAGUUGAUUUCACAUGGCGUUUCACUGCAUGAAUGUUGCGAACUUCGUUGGGAAGUUCACAAAAGUUCAUAAUCAUAUUCACAAACCGGUUUGUAAACAAUGCAUUUGAUUGGCUUACUUUUGUUCAGCGACCAAUCAGAGGCUUUGUUUACAUACCGGCUUGUUGCGUUCCGAACUUCGUUGUGAAGUUCGAAAGUUCAUACUGAAAUUUUAUUUAUUUAUUUAAAUAAAUAAAUAAAUAAAUAAACGUAAGAACUUUCGAACUUCACAAUGAAGUUUGGAACGCAAUAUUUAGGGAAAAGUUAUAUGGAAUCAACUGUAAUUUAUAAUUUGCAUUGUGUAAGAUUGUCGUAAAGGAAUCCAAGAAGUUAAUUAGAAAUCUGCUAAAGUAGAUCACGUGACCAGCGUCUACCAGGAUCUUUUCUCCCCAAGAGGAAAGACCCUGGAUACGAGGUUGAAGUUAACCAUGCAGGAAAUUUAAUCAGGACCAUUAACUUACCCCAUUAACUUAACCAGAAAAUUUUUAACCAGGAUGUUUUUCGAGUAUAUGAUGCCGUGUAUGACGAGAGUAUGACGUCAUAUAUAACUUCUUCCUUUUCAGAUUGUUGAUGGCAAUGAUAUCAAAGAUCUAAAUCUAAAGUGGUUACGAAGUCAGAUUGCUAUAGUAUCACAAGAACCAGUCUUGUUUGACAUGACUAUCAGAGACAAUAUUGCUUAUCCCGACUCUACAGGGAAUAUAACUGAUAAAGAAGUUAUAAAAGCUGCUAGAUUAGCGAAUAUUCAUGAGUACAUUAUUACUCUUCCAAAGGUGAGAAAUUAUUGCUUUUUAAAUCGACUCGCAAGGUGGAGGGAAGUUCUUAGUACAAUAAAUUUCGGCAAACAAUUAACAUGUUUAAAAAUGCAUUGUCUUCCAGGAGCGGAUCAAGACAGUGUAG